AUGUAACUGCAACCACAAACAUUUGGCAGGAUAUUCGAAAUUUUGGUAUUUAAUUAACGAAAUUAUGGGAAAUACAAACCUUCGAGAUGUAUUAUCUUUGUAUUAAGGUACUUUUGCAUAUGUUAUCGUUCCAAUAAUCAAUCCUCUUACAUAUUUGAUUUCACAUUAAAUUUCCUUCGAUAAUCAUCCUUAUCGAUAAAUGGCAAAUAUUUUUCUAACGACGCGUAUCUUUCUCUCCCCUUCGAUUAUUUAACACUGUAAUUAAUGUUAUUAAUCGUUGUUUCAUUAGAAAAUGUAAAUUACUCGUGCCAACUUAUAAAAUAAAGAUAAUACAGUGAAAUAAGAAAAGGGAUGGAUGUACACGUAAAAAGCAAGCAAAAUGCAUUAAAAAUUUAAAAGAGCAUAACGAUAGAAACAAAACGUAAUGCCUAAUAUUAGGAAAAUCAAAAGUUUUUCGGAUAACGAUGAUUCACAAAAUCAAAUACAGCGGGACAGAAAAAUGCGCGAAAAUCGCAAAAGAUCGAACGAUAAAUACCAGAACAUAAAAAACAAACAAUUAUGCAAAAUCAAAUUAGCUAAAUACAUUGUUAAUGAUCUAAAAAAUUACGGGCCGGGUAAUUUGCUUCACGUAUACGUGCUAAGUACUAUAACAGGGAAAUCUAUUCGAAUAUGGAGAUCGAAAGAUAGCUUAUAUGAAACGAUAGAUGAUCCAACGAAUCAGAGAUCGACCAAGGAUUUCAUCGACGUAGAAUAUCACAAACAGUCAAAUUUAACAGGACAUUGGACGCUAUUAAAUAAUAUAGAUCCUAUUAAUGUCGAACUGGAUUUAAACGCGUGUCUAUUUGCAGUAAUAGCUGCUCAAAGUGGAGAAAGCACUGACGAUUUAAGAAACAAUACUAUUGAUUUUUUAACAAAUAAUUCCAAACAUUUAAUCGAUCAAAUCGAUAAAUUUUUAUCUUCGAAAAAUAAUGCAAAACAGCUAAUGAUCGGCGGUGCUCGAUAUAUCGGUACAUCACCUAGAGCAGCGGGUAUUAUUCUCGACAGGUCGCAAAAUGUUUUGUGUCACGAUUGUAGAGCACUUGGUCAUCCAAGAGGGCACGCAUCCGACAGAUUUGCUACAGGCCCAGAGGAUAGCGUCGAGAACUAUUCUCGAACGACGCAUUCAAGGAAAUCUGGUUUUUUGAGUAGAACGGAUCAAGACAAUGUCGCCCAUGUCGUCUUAAGUCAUGCAAAAGCGAGGCGAGCAAUGGAGGAAUUAAAUACUGGCGCGACAUCCAUAGCGGUAGAGUUGUCGCGUAGAGAUUUACAAACAAAUCAUUUUAUUCUACCUCAAAUGAAGGAAUUCUACAAUGGUACGGCGGAUUCCGAGGAAUUAAACACUAAUUGUGUUAUAAUAGUACUGAGACAUCAUAUAGGAAAAUAUAGAGAUCCCAAUGCAGACGUUUUUGUACAUACAUUUUAUCCAAAAAAUUAUUGUUGAUACUUGCUACAAUAUAGAACAAGUUUGAAAU